UGUGGUGUUGGCAGCACUUGACCGAUGUGAAGUUGCAGUUGGCAACUGCCAAAUUUUUACUAAUGGUGAUUUUCAAUGGCGCAAGAUGUGUUUAGCAAAAUGGCUGAUGAUCCGUGUUUGUUAAAAGAGGACGGUUACUUAAACGCGGCCACAGAUUUAAGAAAAAUCGUCUACCACCCGUCCCUGAACGUAAUUAUCGUCUGUUCCGAGUCAGGGAAGGUCCACAUUAUUGACGUCAACUCGGGUGUUGUUCUUCACACCAGUAACUUGUCAGCUAAGAACCUAAAUAACGUUACGUGUAGGUAUGUGCCGGGACAAGAUCGAGUACUUUUUUGCGAUGGACAAGCUCUUGGUGUUCGUUCCGAUUAUAAUGGUGUACUUUUAUUAGAUACGAUAUUACAAAAACCGGUUGGUAGUUCUAAGGAUGACAUUAAAUUGGAGUUAUUAUUAUCAGAAGCUCAAAUUCUAAAAAAAAGCUUAUCUGUUUUUGGUACCUCGUCUAUUGAUUAUGUUGUAAAUGAGUUAACUGAUCAAAUAUCUAAGGCCCAAAAGAAAGCAAAAAAAGGAAUCAAAGCGCAAAAAUGGAACACAGUAUGUUUGGAACUUCCUUUGGGAAUCCUUCGAGACGCGGCAUCCACAUCUGUUACAGAACUUUUAUUAAAGAACCAACACGUUCCAGAAUUAGGAGUUGCGUCAGCCGUUCAAGAACGCCUCGCUGAUUUGAUGGGCGCACAAUCAAACGUAACUACUGAUCGUCGAGCCAUGGCAAGUGAGGCUAUACGUAGAGAAACGUUCACACAUUGGCCCCAUAUGGAUUACAAAUUUUCUACUAGAUGGGCAUUACCAGAUCAAAUGGCUCAAGCCGGAUUCUAUCACCAACCGAAUUCAUCGGGAGACGAUCGCGCAAUGUGUUUUACUUGUUCAGUAUGUUUAGUUUGUUGGGAACGGACGGAUGAACCUUGGAGCGAACACGAGAGACAUUCUCCCACUUGUCCAUUUGUAAUGGGCGAGUAUACCCAAAACGUUCCACUUUCAGUUACGUACGCUACAAACCCAGCAUUUGAUGCUUGUUUUCGAGGUAUUCCAGUCAGUGUAAUAGGAACUAGCAGGUUGUCACAUUUAUUACCGACGGCCAAUAGAGAAGCUUUGAUAUCGAUUCUGGAUGUUUCUGGAAAGGUGCAUCGUGUUUAUUCGUUUUUCGUCAAUCUUUACGACUCGUAUAUCAUUGAUUAUUUUACUAAGGAUUUUGAAUUGCCACUUUUAUAUGCUGAAUAUCCCGAAGAAGUUAAAGGAUCAAUGAAGAGAAAAGUUACUGCAGUAACCAUAGUUAGUGAUCAAUCCGCGAAAUGUAAUACGUCAGCUCUAAAACCUGCUGUAAUCGGGGCGUUAAAAGUUGAAUGUUCUGGGGCUCAUUUAAGAAAGAGUACCCCUAUUGAAGCUUUAAACAAGCAAAAUAAAAGUAACUCAUCAAUUAAUAUUAUGGAUGUAGAAGAAGAAUUGGAAAGCAACAAAACGAUAAGUUCACUCUAUUUGAUUGUUUACGACUUUACGCACACCAAGAAAGAAAACACUUACGAAAAAUUAUACGACCAAAACAUAGAUAAUGAAGAUGUUAAUAAAUCUUACAUAUUUCCAUUUGGCGUGGGGCUUAAAUUGGAGGAAACGAACGACGUCGGAAUUUUUGUGAACAAAGAACCAAACAACUAUCAAAAUUUAAUACCAGGGGAAAGCGACGAAAUAUUCUUGCCACAAACGAUUACACAAAAACAUUCAGGACCAAGGGUGCUCCCAAUAGAAAUGCAAACGGAAACGGAUGCUGCUCAAGCGACUUCGAUUCUCGUUUCGCCCGAUUAUAGCAUUAUGACUAAUGGACCUUUAAAUGUUAGUAACAUUGUUGAAAAAACUAUAUCGGACCACAUAAUAGACGUAGCGAAUAAUAAAGAAUUGCAACAGCUAAAUUAUCCGAGGUGCGUUCAAUGUGUAUGCAUACCUGACGAAUAUAAACGAAGAACAGAUUUAGAAGUGACAGAUAUGUUUACCACACAAGAUGAUUUACAUAUUCUGGUUAUAUUGACAAGCACCACAAAUACGUUAACAAACGUUUUGUUAUUGUACGCGCUAGAUUUUUAUGAUAACAUAGUAAAAUUAACAAAAAAACCAGUAUUAGUACGUGAAUUAAGUCCUAAUGAGAAACCUAUUGAAGUUAGUUUACUGAAUCAAUUAGAACGUCCAGGAGAAACUCCCGAAACGACUAUUGAGGGAACAGUUAUUUUAGUUUGUGUGGAUGGUGUCGUACGAAUAAUCGAAUUAUGUACCCUUAGAACAAUUUACGUAGCCCAGUUAGAAAACGAAAGUAUUAUUUCAGCCGCCUAUUGUAACAGUAUAGAAAGGUUAUGUGCCUCUACGGCUAAGGGGGCAUUGCAUUUUUACGCGUUAAACGACGCCGACACCGACUCAACCGAAGAUCAUGAUGAAGAAGAUUUAUUCAGUUCUAACAUUGAUUUUCCUAGUCUUCACUCGCAACAACCAGAACCUAUCGAAAUGGACGAAUUAACCAGAUGCUUUCAUGAACCUGCCGAAGUUAUUGGAAUCGUUGAACUAAAACGAUUACAAUCGUUGUGUUAUUUCGAACCGUUCAAACCAGGAUUUUGUGCUGUGGUGCCCCCUUGUUGGAGUGACAUGCAACAAGGUCAACGCCAAAGGCGGCAUCCACAGCACUUACAACUUGAUAAUGAUCAGUACACGAAAACGUGGAGACUACAAAACGACACAACAACGUGGGAUGAACACAUAUUCGAAAUUACAUUACCAUCACCCGUUUCAAUCGGUCAUGUUGACGUUUACUUUUCGUUACAACCCGGAACUGUUAAUCCUAGCAUUGAAGUAACAUUAUUGCGACAAAACACCAGCGGUAUUGGACAUAGAAGGGAUGUGCGAUUUGCAGUUGACGAAGUAGUUUCAUUCGAUGCUUUACGUAAUAACGAAAACCCAGUAACUUCUCAAGAAUACCUUCGGUCACAUAACGCUGAUAUCUUAGCCGGACCGAUCGAUUUGGCUUCGUGCUUAGAUUUAAGCGAGCAAUCCGGUUGCGUCACUUUAACCAGCCCGAAAUUAUUCAAAUCGCGAAAUAGAACGUUAUUACUCCAUAUUAAAGCGGUUACUAACAUUGCUCGAGAUGAAAAGGCAAGUAAAUCCAGAACGGCUAAAUCGAAGCGAGAAGAAAAAAUGUCUAAUAGGAAGGAGUAUAUGGGUUGCGAUUGCAUCCACGAACUUAGCGUUACUGUAUUUAGUAGUAAACAUACGGAAAUUGCGCAUGAAAGAUCUCAAAGAAGUAGUAUGCUGGAGUCAAACGUGUUUAUACAGUCUCUUGUUCAAACAACGACUGGAAAAUGUGAAGAAAGUCGAUUGAUUGCGUUGGAUAUUUUAAAUUGGAUCGCGUCAAUUCGAUUAACUAGAAAUAGGAGUCAACAUACUGAAUCCCCUACUUACCAAUAUGAAAUUCUUAGAAUUAUUGAAGGAUGUUUGGAUCUACUAUUAAAGCAAUGCGUGCUUUUGGUUGAUCGUAGUAUUGCGCACAAAUGCGUAAAACUUAUUGUAACUUGUAGCCAUGGUGCUCGUAACAUAAAUUCAGUAAUAUGCGAUCGUUUUGAUAAAUACGUUUUUGACGCAAUACUGAAUAUAUUAAAUUCGGUGCAACAAAUAAAAUCUGCUGGAAGCUUACAAUGGUUAGUUGUGUUAAUAUUCAAGAUAGCCCCCCAAGACCAAUGCGACGUCUUAUCGCGAAAAUGCAUUUCUCUUUUAACUGACAUUGCGGACGAAUUUAAAAAGAGGUCUAACCCAUACCACUUAUUGCUUCGAAGUCGAUUUGGACUGUACGGAACUCCUCUAGAACCGGACUUAUUCGAUAUGGAUCCACCAAUUACAGCGAAAUCCAGCAAUUCAUCUAUUACCUAUACUUCUGUGGUCACUGGGGAAACAAUUGUUACACCAAACGAUUGUCAAACAAGUUAUGUACAUAAUAAAGAAUAUUUAGAUCCUAAAGAUGUGUUAACAACAACUGGUGAUAUGAAGAUAAAGUUGAAAAACUUAUCGCCAACGAAAAUGUUUCGGGGCUUAUUAGAAACCGAAUCGUUACAUUUCUCUUGUUUGUUUGCCAGCGAUGGGACUAGAUUGGAAAGAGCGGAUGCUGGUACUAGUUCAGUUCCAACUAUCGUUCCAGUUACGCUAACUAAUGUACAAAAUAGCGGUACGAAGAAAUUAGAGUUUAUCGAAUUCGAACACAAUUUAACAACACACAAAGAAAAUGAGCCUCUUGUAUCUAAUGGUCAAAUUCCGGUGCUUGAUCAUAGUAUUUAUGAAAUGUACGUUGGACCAUUAACAAACAAAAAUAAAAUAGAAGAAUUUGACAAAAUGCUUUUAGAUACUUAUGUAAUGCUUAAUGAAGACGUUAUGCCAUCUUCUUCCACAUCGACGAAAACAAAACGAGUCGAAGAAAUCUUAUCGCCUAACAAAUCAUUACCGUUACAACAACUAUUAGUUCCUCCACCCGCGCAAGUUAUUGUCGUCGAGAGAAUGCAUUCGGGAGCCCGACGAUUUGUAGUUUUGGAUUUUGGACAACCUACACUUUUAACGGAUGUAAUGAUUCCGGCAUAUCAUGAUUUGGUAUCAAUUAGUAUCGACUUGUGGUUGAAAAAUGAAGAAACCGACGUUUUACGCCUCGUUGUUUCAUCAGAUAUUGGCAGUAGAGACCUAGUUUUAACAGACUUACAGCCACCACCCUUAUUUAGAUACAUGAAGAUAACUGCUGUAGGACGGUACGGUAUGUCCACAACAAGAUGCCGUAUACCCAUUGGUAACUUUUAUGGUCACAUCAUAGUUCUACCAAAAGAAAUUCCUUCUGAUAUACCCGACGAUGUUUCCGUUCUUAACCAAGGCGACUUAGAAGGACACAUGAACGUAUUAACUAUGUUGUUUGAAGACGUAAGCUGCCGCUACAGUUUGGCAUGUUCAAAGUUAAAAGAUCUUUUACAUCCUUUACUAAUGUCCGACUCCUCAAAUGCCAGCCAUUUAUCCGCUUACAUGGAAACGAUCCGUGAUAAAACAAAUAAUGCCGGAAACGCGGAUAAUACUAAAAUAUUUACCGUCUAUCAAGAGGCGAUAACUUAUCAAAGACAAAUUAAUGUGGUUCGAUCUGUUAUAACGCGUGUAGAAGCAGCGAUGAACAGCUCGGUGUUUGUACCAAAAGUGAAUUCGUUAGCGGAUGCUUCAAUGGAUAAAUUAAGGCUUAUUUCUGAAGGAUUAUUAGAAAUUCUGUUGUCGAUGGAAAAUUUGACAGAAAUCGAUCAAGAAACGUGUGUCAAGAUAUUUGAGGGUUAUUGCGUUUCGCAAAGAUCGAGAGUACAAAUUUUAUCAGCUACCUUAUUGGAUAGAACAUGUAGAAAACAACCCUUUUGGGGAAAUUUCCUUGCUGAUACUUUAAGUAAAAUGUUUUCGUCAUCGUAUUCAGAGAAUUUCCCUCAAGAUCGAGUUUUUGUGUUAUUAGCAUAUUUAGUUAGAAGAAGUAUGGAUCGUAGUUUGGUUUUAGACGCGACAAUGCGAGUUAUUUCCCAAGCAUUACUUCCCUUGGCGAACGAUCGACGUUCUUUGUUAGCUGUCACUAUAGAUCUACCUUUAUUAGGAUGGUUGUUGUUGUUUUUAUCUUUGCAAUUAGAUUUAUGUAAGGGAACGUCUCAAAAUGCCACCCGUUGGGACUGGGUAACAGGGGAAAUGGCGGGCAAAAGUAGCAAUGAAUCGCUGAGUUCAUCGUGUCGUAAGAAGUUACAUAAAAGAUUUAUACAAUAUAAACAACAACUGGGUAAUUUAGACUUUACCCAUAAAGAAUUCACACAUAAAGUUGUUCAAACUCCGGUUCAAGUGCAAGCAUUGACCGCAUUAUCUAAUCACGCGGCCAAUUUAACCUCAAAAUUAGAAGCGGCCCUAAAACACCAAGAAAACUUUUUCAAAAAAAUUAAACAAUACAAACUAAAAGAUACUAAGAACGAAGCAGACGUGUCAUCUCCAUCGUCUUCUUCAUCAAAACAUUUAGGAAAAAGGCGUAGAGAAAGUGCUGAUGUAAACGGAAAACAAAGUCCUCAAAAUUUACCUCAAAAAAUCGACACCAUGCAUUGUUUAGCUGUAGCUAAAGGAUUACUUACUUUAUUGUUAGCGAUGGAUCAUUCGUGCAGUGCUGAUAUGUUUUUAUUAUCUUGUAAAGUAAUUGCUAGGUUGGUUAGAAUGUCUGGAAUGAGUCUUGGAAAUCUCAUGACUGAGGAACAACUAAAUAAAUUGAUUCAUUUAUGCAUUGGAUCAGAAUUGCCAUGGGCUCCACAUGCUUUAGCUUGUCUUUUACACGACAUUGUAGACAUUGCAUAUUUCUUACCAACCGAUACCGAAAUGGAAACGGACGUUACAACGCCCUCAACUAGUUUCAGCGGGGAUAUUUUAGCGGAUGUUGAGAAUUUAUGCGAAGCAUUUGAAAUUGAAGAUCAAAUAAUGGCUGAUCAAUUAAAAACUACUAAACCAAGUAAUAACAAUAGCGGUCCAUUGCCGUCCGUUUUUGAGUCUGAUGAUUCGGAAUUCGAAGAUUUCUUGGAUGAUAUUUUAGAACGGGGAAGAUCGUUAUUGAAAAAGCCCCCAAAAACAAAUCAAGGGGAAUCGUACGCAAUGGAUUCAAGAUUGGAAGCAACCGUUGAAUUACAAGCAGAGGUGAUUUUGAGGAGGUUGAUAUCAAUGAGUAGUUACAGUUUGGUUCAGAAUAUAAACACACCAGUGAUUGCUGCUGAAUCGGAGAUGGAUCUUAUGGCUUGGCCAGAAGAGUUAUUGUUAUCAUGGCAAAUUCAGACGGAACCCAUUAGAAAUCGUAAUAUGCUAAUUAAUUGUUUUGAUAAUUUAUUUAAAAGUUUACCGUUACAAUCAUCAACAAAUAUCGAACAUAUCCUACAAUUAUGGUUAACACUUUCAUUAAGGAACGAUGAAAAAUUCAAUCCCAACAGCAUACCAUUUAUUUCUUUAAGCCCGGAAGCAGUUAAUUCGUUAAUAACUGCCAUCACUUGGAGUCCUGGUUUGUCAUUACGCACUUGGUGUUCAGCACUUCAAAGUUUAACGUUAAUAUGUAACAUUAUGCAUGGGUCAAACGGUUCAAACACGGAAUGGUCGGACACUUACGGAUUGUACUGUCGAACCGGUUAUGUACUUAACCACCCGGAUUUUGUACAAAUGUUCCUGAGAUUAUUAUCUGGUAGUGGUUUAGUAUUUUCAGAUAAGGGAUUGGCUGGGCCAUCCUUAUGUAAAUCUUUACAUGAUUUUGUGGUACGGUUACAUAUGAGAUGCGAUGUAGUAUCUCCCUCAAGUAUGGCAGGAAGCUUAUUGAAAUCUUUAUUAUUAAAAAUCGUUUAUCAAUUGGUACAACCGUCUGGACCCUUAAGUGCAAAGCAAGGACCAUUAGACGCGCAAUGUAAAUUACUUCAAACAAUGAUCUAUUUAGAUUAUUCAAACGCAGAUUUGAGUAUAGCAAUUAGUAUAUUGGAAUCAACAGGAUUUUUGGUUUACUCGUAUGUUUCAAACAGCGAUCAUGUUAAAUGCGUGAAUAUUGGUGAAAGGUUAAGUCCAACAUGCCCAACGUUCGGCGGUUUAUUUGCGUCUGUGUUGGGGACGGAACCAAAUAAACAAGAUAAACCUGUUUCAUGGGAUAUUUUGUUGAUUUCUUUAUUAAAAUUACUUGGAAAGUUAGUGCAAACCCCUCUCCCAAAUUCAGGUGGUUUGCUAGUUGAAGCAAUGGAGACUGAGACGAUGUCGCAAACGGAUGAAAGUAAAGCGGAACAGAUUCAACAAGAAAUGAGACAAAGUCCAUUAGUACCUUGUCUUGCUGAUACUGUGCUGCAACACCAUCCAAGUAUUAUACAGUUAUGUAAAGCUUUAGCUUCUUGUAAAGCUUCUACACUUUCUAUGUUGGCAAAUAUGUCACAACAGAAUGCUCUUCCUGAUAUUGGAGAACCAAGUUCAGUUGGGGACGCAGUUUUCAGUUUAUUAACAGGUCUUGCCAGAAAAGCAUCACAAAAGAUUUACGUCAUGGAGCCGCUUUUACUUUUCUUGUCAAAUGCCCCGCAACUUAGCGAGCCCUUAUUAUGGUUUAUUUUACAAGUUCUUGAUACAGAAGAAUCUCUUAGAUGUUUCGAUAGUGUUGGGGGAAUACAAAUUCUAGCGGGUAGUUUAGUAAGCAGUAGUAAUGCUCCAAACACCGUCUCUCACGCUAGCACUGUGUCCAUGGUUAUGCAGCAUUUUGUCGGAUUUAGCGCUCGUUCAGAUGCAAGUACCGCAAUUGCGGCUUCAUCUGCAACAAAGAAAAUUCAACAAGCGUGUCUGGAGAAUAAUUUAUCUUUAGUUAAUUUUGCUCCAUAUGGUAGUAUAAGGUGCCAAAAUGGUAGUGCCCAUCCUGCUGAUGUUUUAAUCCAAGGUGGAACUGCCACACACCGCCGUGCAAGAACUCCUCAAUGGUCAUACCAUUUCUAUCCAGAUGAAGCUCACACGGAACUUACUCUUCAACUACCAAGUGCUGUUUUACUUAGAGAAGUUCAUUUACAACCACAUCUUAGCGCUUUAGCUACAUGCCCAUCAGCUGUAGCACUUGAAGUUUCCGCAGAUGGUCCAUCUAGACUAGUUCCAGCCUGUCCUCCAUUGCCUACAAGUGGCAUGACGUUCAUUAGACUACAUCUUCCUGUUCCAGAAGUGGUCAACUGCAUCCAACUUCGUCUGUAUAAACCAAGGGAUGCAAACAACAUAGGACUAUCUCAAAUAAGAUUGUUGGGUACAUCCGCUUUUGGAGGAAACAUUAAACAACAAGUGAUGGAUUUAUCAGAAGACGAGUCCCAUUGUCGUUACAGCUUAGGAUGGCUCAGAUUACUCCAUCAUUGCUUUAUUUUAUCGCACGACAAACAAUUUCAAAACCAGAUUAUUCAACAUGCAACCGAAGUUCCGAAUCUACUAAACGCUUGUUGUGGACUUUUGCUUGUUCCAACGCAUAUUCCAACAUUGUAUUUGCCAAAUUUAGAGAAAGUUUUGUGCGAUUUGAGUUUAUUUAGUAGAGAAAACGGAUUGAACACGAUAAAAAAUUUACUGGAUAGUCGAGUUAAUGUGAAUGAGCCUACAAACAUCGUUAUUAAUUUAUCUGGUAGCAAGAUCUUUAUGAAUUCAGCUGGAUCACAAUCAGCUUGUGAACUUCUCUAUCAAGUUUGUGGAUAUCAGGAUCAAGAUACUUCAUAUCGUGUAGCUUUAGUACUCAACUGGUUACAAGAUAUGGCGCUUCAAGCGGUGCGGCAAAAUAAUCUUUACACUUGCAGUCCAGCUUACAUAUCCAGUAUAGCAUCAAUAAUUUGGAACGCUAACCUAACGAACGUUAAUUACAACUUAUCGGAAAUGAUUACAUUACAACUAUUCGACGCUAUAUAUGAAUUUAACAAACUGUCCGUGAAGAAUAUCCCGUUAAAAUGUGCAUUAGAUUCACUUUUAUGCUCUCUUUGUUACAUCAAAAGCGAAUUUUUCCCAUUACUCUUGCAAAAAAUGGGUGUUUUAAUACCGAAUUUGUCGACCGAUCGCGCCGCGUCAAUUUCAGAUGAUCGUAAAGACUCUGAAAGAAUGACUGAUGAUUCAAAAGAAAGCUUUGAGUGUAAUUCUGAGUGGUACGGUCAUUUGAUAAUUAGCGAACUUCCAUAUUUGAAUUUGAGUAAUGAUCAAUUGGAAACUAUUGCUUUAGUUAGCCGAUCGCCAACUUCCGUACAACAGCUUUUAGACUCUGGGUUACCUAAGCUAUUAAAUUCGGCCGUUUUACAAUUUUGUUCGUUAAAACAAGAAAAUACUUCUUUAAUGGCUAAAUUGGAAAAAGUUACGGUUAUUUUAAAAUUCUUUGCGGAUGUAAGUGAAGAGAAAUUAAUGAGAGAUUGGUUAGGAUCAUCGGAAGGGUCAUCGUUUUGGUUACCACUUUUGCAAUUUUUAUGUAAGAAACCGACGAAUAAACGAUCGGUACAUUCGGAGAGUUUUGCUCAGUUAGAAGAAGUUUGCGUGCGAUUCCUAUCGAAAUGUUGUUUGUGUCAUCCAAACAAUCAAACGUUAUUAGCUAAAGUUUUAUGCGAAGUAAUCGGGCAACAGACUAACGGAAUAACCGGAUUUAUGCGAAGGUUAAUAUUGCAAUUAUUACUGGAAAAUGAAAAAGUCCCAGUUAGCAUCAAAGCCAACGAAACAUUGUUUAAACAUACCGGCACUUUACAACCCUAUUUACCGAUCCAUCCAGCUUUUAAACAGACUCACGAUCGCGCCUUGUUAUAUUUGGGAACGAACAUUUUAAUUGGAGAUAUUUUGGAUCAAUACAUUUCAUUUUCGUCAACUUUUAAAGCAGAAACGCCUAAAAAAGAAAAUUCCAAUUCAUCUAAUCGGUUAGUUGAUCCAUUGAAAAAUUGGUUUAGCAUGGCUAUCGAUUCGGAAGUUAGCAUGGCCGCCGGUGUUACCGCAAAAGAUAAACGAGUAAAAGACGCGAAAAAUCAAGUAACGGCGACUCCCCUAUUUAAAAAGAAGCGAUACACUUCCGCCGAAGGUUCAUCCGGAAGUAUUGAUAAUUACGAAGGAAGAAUCGUAAAAUGUGAUGCUUUACCCGAUCAAGUUUUACCAGUAAAUCUAACUUUAGCACAAUUAUUAACGAUGAUCGAAGAUAAUGGAAUAACUACCGAUUGGCCUUGUAUUCAUUUAACCGUUUACCCAAGUAAAGGAACCGACGAAGAAAACCAAAAGAUACGUGCCAACUUAUCGAAUUUAAAACCGUUAAGUUCCGCUUUGCAAGUGUUUAGUAUGAUGGGUGGGUUAGCUUUAUUAGCAUUACAUCUUCCCACGGUUUACCCAGAAACAAUUCGACCCGCAUCGUCUAACGAGAAGCAGUCAUCUGAAACGAGCGAUUUCGAUUGGGUUAAAGUAGAUGGUAGCGAUGAUAUUUACGAAGAUUUAGAUGUCGUUUGUAGUACGCCAAAACCGAAACCAACUUCGUCAAUGUUAAACGUUCCACCUCAUUCCCUCACCGCGUUCGGAUUAUUCCUCCGGUUGCCAAGUUACGCGGAAGUUUUGCUGAAAGAUAUGAAAAAAGCGCUUUGUUUGUUACGCUUAGUCUUGGGUGUCACCGAUGAUGGUGAAGGUGCGGAUAUUUUCCAAACGCCCAUUGCCGAUUCGCUACCAACAUUACCUUUCGAGGUAUUAAAAAAAUUAUACGAAGCUACUCCACUUACAACUGACGACGGAAGAUUAUUAAGAAGAAUUAGUAUAAACAUAGGGGUUGUACAUUUGUUAUUGGCUUGUUUGGGAAUAUUUACGCAUCAAACUCAAGGAAAUAUGCAAAAAGAGGGUGGAAGUAAAUCGAAGGAUGAUAGGAGUCAAUCAUAUUGGGCUAAGGGAACCGGAUUUGGUACCGGUUCAACACAGCAAAGUUGGAACGUCGAACAAGCGUUACUUAAACAACGCAGUGAAGAAGAACACGUUACGGUUUUGCUACAAGUUUUAUCAAGUUAUAUUAAUCCGGGUGGAGACAACGGAGAUGAGUUGGCAACCGGGAAUGUUUUACCACAACAAUUCCCGCAAUUACUCGCCAAUAGCGCACUAUUACCAGCAUUAAGUUCUUACUUGAGGAACGAUUCAGUAUUAGACAUGGCGAGACACAUACCAUUGUAUUGUGCAGCUCUUGAAUUACUUAGAGCGAUGGCUAUCAGUUGUCAACUAGUUCAUCUCUUAUUGCCGCAAAAAUCUGGUAAUGGACCGUCAAUCAGUUCCCUCUUAAAGAAUAUGAAAACUUGCGUGGAUACUUACGCUUCUAAACUCAGGUUUAACGGCAAACCAUCAAGUGCCAAAUCGAAAUUUAAGGCGAAUGAACAAAUUGAAGAAAUGGAAAGGGACGAAGGCCUCGCCAAGUUAAUGCCUGAUAUCCAACUAACUGCUAAUUUAGUGUGUGAUGUUACUGCUCGACUUGCGGUUGCUGAUCCGGACGGAAAUAAGGAUUUAUACCCGGAAAAACCACUCAGUGAAUCUCCAGAAGAUCGAUAUUUACGUAUUAUAAAAACAUUACAAUUUGAUACUUACGAAAUGAUUCAAGAACUUCCAGAAGGUGGUUACAAAUUCGUUAUAUCACAUCAUUUCGAGAAUAAUGCUCGAUCCGCCGGCGAUCAAUCAAGUCCAGCGAGAGUAAAGCGAUUAGCUCAAGAGACAGUAACCUUAGUGACUAGUCUACCUUUAAGUUGUAGCAGUUCAGUAUUCGUACGUUGCGAUACCGACCGUUUAGAUAUAAUGAAAGUGUUAAUAACUGGGCCGGCGGAAACGCCGUACGCGAACGGUUGCUUUGAAUUAGACGUAUUCUUUCCACCGGAUUAUCCUCAAGCCCCGAUGAUGAUCAAUUUAGAAACGACCGGUCACCACACCGUUCGAUUUAACCCGAAUUUGUACAAUGACGGUAAAGUUUGCCUCUCCGUUUUGAAUACAUGGCACGGUAGGCCCGAAGAAAAGUGGAAUCCGCAAACGUCGAGCUUUUUGCAAGUGUUAGUAUCGAUUCAAAGUUUAAUUUUAGUACCUGAACCGUAUUUCAACGAACCCGGUUAUGAACGGUCCAGGGGAACACCGUCGGGAACGCAAAGUUCGAAAGAGUACAAUGCAAACGUAUGCCAGGCGACAGUUAGGUGGGCAAUGUUGGAGCAAAUCGUUAAUCCGUGUCCGUGCUUUAAAGAUAUAAUAAACACACACUUUUAUUUGAAACGCGAAGAAAUCAUGGAACAGGUUGAGAAUUGGAUUAAGGAUUUAGAAACUGAUAUUAGUGAAAAACGGACGAGUAGGUCGACGAAUAAACGAUCAUCAUUUUCUAGUAUAGAAAAUUUCAAAAAAGUUUAUCAACAAUUAAAAGAAAAAUUAUUAAAAUUGACUCCUCCAGCCAGUAUUGCCAGUGGAAACAAUACCGCCGCUAAUACGACAAUGGAAGUGGAAAAGAAUGUGAACGGAUGUACAACAAAUGAACAUCAGGAUAUCGAUAACGACAUAGACAUGGAAAAGAUGGUGAACGAUAUGUGCGAGUGAUAUAAAUUUUAUUACAACUGCAUUUAUUUUAAUAGUUUUUUAACUAUAUGUUAAAUAAAAAAAUUUCCAUUUUUUUUAUUUACUAGUUAUUCCGCCUUAUUUACGUUUGAUUUUUCUUAGCAUAUCUGUUAAAAGUUAAUCGCGCCUUUUUCCUUAUUACGUAUUUAUUUAUUUAUGGUUGUUUAUACAGUCAUUAGUUAUGCCAGUUAUUUUGUAAUAAUAUUUAAAACAAAACACCAAAUGUUGUGAUCGCUCACUUUACGUGUACUUCUCUUUUUCUUUAUAGCUUUUCUCAAAUUUGAUGAAUGUUAUCCUUUUUCGUUGAAUAACAAUAUUGAAUGCUUUUUCAUUUGGAUUGUUGCGUAUCGCGACCAAAACUUGUACAGAGACUUUGUCGUUUUUCAGCAAAACUUAACUUGCGGAAUCCAGACAAUUUUAUACUUAUUGUGAAACGUGUCGAUAUAUAAAUAUAUAAACUAGAUUGUUUUAGAUUGUGAUUUUGUAAAAGUAAAGUUUGUUCACUGAUUUAUCAUUCAGAUGUGAUUAAAAAAAAGUAAUAUUUUCGUUUUCAAAA